UCCUCUGGAGGGCCUGGGGGACAUGGGGUGACCCCUUCACCCUCCUCAGAGCAUGGCACAUCCCUAGGGAAAGGUCUUGGCUCUGCAUGGAGUAAGCUGUGAACUGGGCAUGGAGUAGACAGGGAAGCAGCUGGGGUGAUAUCCUGUGCUCACUGCCCCCUCCGUGGAGAUUUUAGGGGGAAAAGCCCCAGACUGGAUUAAAAAGGAGCUGUGAGACUGCUCCACCCUGAAGGAGCAGUGUUGCUGUUGUUUUUGCAGGUGUUUUGUGUGGAGUUUCCCAGAAUUCUAACACCUGUCAGGGGUCCCAUCCUCAGCAGCACUGGGGGUUCAGGUGGGGUUUUGUGUCUGCUCUCUCCUGGGGUGACAUAAAAUGGGCUAAGCCUUGGACGAGCAGUUGGAAUGAUGUGGUUUGUGGCUUCCAUAUCCAUUUGUGGGGUCAGACUGCCAGGCUGAACAGGCUUUGGGACUCCAAGGGGCUUUCCAGAGGUGCUGGGCCUUGCUUGGAUCAAGCCAGGCUGGGAAUUCCAUGGCAGGAAGUGUCCACCUUGUAGAACCUGGUUCUCCCCGGAGGAGAACAUCCCUUCUGCCAUGGAUGCUGUAUCAGAACAGGGUCCUUGGUGUCCCUGAGGCUGCUCAGCUGGAGUUUGGGGGGAGUCUCUGUGGGUGCUCUGUUAUCUCUGUUUAAGGUGAUUAAAACCCUCCCAGCUCUCAGACCAUGGUGCCUUGGGUUCUGUGGCAGUGGGAUCCUGGCAGUGUGUGCUGCAGGGGACACCUCAGGAUUGUCCUUUUUCCUUGAGUUUAUUCCCCAGUUAUUGGUUGAUGUGAUGUAUUGGUUGCAGCUCAUUUGCUGGUGCUACAGCUUUGGAUCUGCCACGAUUUUGGACACCUUGCUGAUGGCAUAGACGGGAUCUGCAGUGAGGUGCAGAGAGCUGCAGCGCAGCCCGGAGCUCCCGCUGUUCCCUGGAGAGCAAUCGACUUAGUGGGAUAAAAAAGGCUCUGAAUCAAUCCCAGGGCCGUGCUGCUGGCUGGAGACCACCAUGACGGACUCCAAGUACUUCACCACCACUAAGAAAGGGGAGAUAUUUGAGCUGAAAGCUGAGCUGAACAGUGACAAGAAGGAGAAGAAGAAGGAGGCUGUGAAGAAAGUGAUUGCAUCCAUGACUGUAGGCAAGGAUGUCAGUGCUCUCUUCCCAGACGUGGUGAACUGCAUGCAGACAGACAACCUGGAGCUGAAGAAGCUGGUCUACCUCUACCUGAUGAACUAUGCCAAGAGCCAGCCAGACAUGGCCAUCAUGGCAGUGAACACCUUUGUGAAGGACUGUGAGGACCCCAACCCACUGAUCCGGGCCCUGGCUGUGAGGACCAUGGGCUGCAUCCGUGUGGACAAGAUCACGGAAUAUCUGUGCGAGCCCCUGCGGAAAUGCCUCAAGGACGAGGACCCCUACGUGCGCAAGACGGCCGCCGUGUGCGUGGCCAAGCUGCACGACAUCAACGCCCAGCUGGUGGAGGACCAGGGCUUCCUGGACACCCUCAAGGAUCUCAUCUCAGACUCCAACCCCAUGGUGGUUGCCAAUGCGGUGGCGGCGCUGUCGGAAAUAGCAGAGUCUCAUCCCAGCAGCAACCUCCUGGACCUCAACCCCCAGUCCAUCAACAAGCUGCUCACAGCCCUCAACGAGUGCACUGAGUGGGGCCAGAUCUUCAUCCUGGACUGCCUGGCAAACUACAUGCCCAAGGAUGACCGGGAAGCACAGAGCAUCUGCGAGCGUGUGACACCACGCCUGUCCCACGCCAACUCUGCCGUGGUGCUGUCAGCUGUCAAGGUGCUGAUGAAGUUCAUGGAGAUGCUGUCCAAGGACCUGGAUUAUUAUGGCACUCUCCUGAAGAAGCUGGCCCCACCCCUGGUCACUCUGCUCUCUGCAGAGCCCGAGCUGCAGUACGUGGCCCUCCGCAACAUCAACCUCAUUGUGCAGAAAAGGCCCGAGAUCCUGAAGCACGAGAUGAAGGUGUUCUUUGUCAAGUACAAUGACCCCAUCUACGUCAAACUGGAGAAACUGGACAUCAUGAUCCGCCUGGCCUCGCAGGCCAACAUAGCUCAGGUGCUGGCAGAGCUGAAGGAAUACGCCACGGAGGUGGAUGUGGAUUUUGUCAGGAAGGCAGUGAGAGCCAUCGGCCGCUGUGCCAUCAAGGUGGAGCAAUCUGCAGAGCGCUGUGUCAGCACCCUGCUGGACCUCAUCCAGACCAAGGUCAACUACGUGGUGCAGGAGGCCAUCGUGGUCAUCAAGGACAUUUUCCGCAAGUACCCCAACAAGUACGAGAGCGUGAUUGCCACGCUCUGUGAGAACCUGGAUUCCCUGGAUGAGCCCGAGGCCAGGGCUGCCAUGAUCUGGAUCGUGGGGGAAUACGCCGAGCGCAUCGACAACGCCGAUGAGCUGCUGGAGAGCUUCCUGGAGGGCUUCCAUGAUGAGAGCACCCAGGUCCAGCUGCAGCUGCUGACGGCCAUUGUGAAGCUGUUCCUGAAGAAGCCCACGGAGACACAGGAGUUGGUGCAGCAGGUGCUGAGCUUGGCCACACAGGACUCGGACAACCCCGACCUGCGGGACCGUGGGUACAUCUACUGGCGCCUGCUGUCCACGGACCCCGUGGCCGCCAAGGAGGUGGUGCUGGCAGAGAAGCCGCUGAUCUCGGAGGAGACGGAUCUGAUCGAGCCCACGCUGCUGGAUGAGCUCAUCUGCUACAUCGGGACCCUGGCCUCGGUGUACCACAAACCCCCCAGCGCCUUCGUGGAGGGCAGCAGGGGCGUCGUGCACAAGAGUUUGCCCCCACGGACGGGCUCGGUUGAGAGUGUUGAGAGCCCGGACACAGCCCCGUCGGGGGGGCCGGCCGCGGAUCAGCCCUCGGUGAUCCCCACCCAGGGGGACCUGCUGGGGGACCUGCUCAACCUGGACCUGGGCCCCCCAGUGAGCGGGCCACCCAUGGCCACCUCCUCCGUGCAGAUGGGUGCUGUGGACCUCCUCGGGGGUGGCUUGGACACCCUGAUGGGUGGCGGUGGCAGCAGCUUCACAGCAGCUCCCAGCACCACAGCCCCCACAACCGUGGGGGCACCCCUUGGCAGCGGCCUGGGUGACCUCUUCGACCUCACUGGUGGGGUGGGGACCCUCUCAGGAUCCUACGUGGCCCCCAAAACGGUGUGGCUCCCUGCCAUGAAAGCCAAGGGGCUGGAGAUCUCUGGCACCUUCAGCCGCCAGGUGGGCUCCAUCUCCAUGGACCUGGUGCUGACCAACAAAGCCCUGCAGGUCAUGUCUGACUUUGCCAUCCAGUUCAACCGCAACAGCUUCGGCCUGGCCCCAGCAGCUCCUCUGCAGGUGCAUGCACCUCUGGCUCCCAACCAGUCCGUGGAGAUCUCCCUGCCCCUGAACACCGUGGGCUCUGUCAUGAAGAUGGACCCCCUCAACAACCUGCAGGUGGCAGUGAAGAACAACAUUGACGUCUUCUACUUCAGCACCCUGUACCCCCUGCACAUCCUGUUUGUGGAGGAUGGCAAGAUGGAGAGGCAGAUGUUCCUGGCCACCUGGAAGGACAUUCCCAAUGAGAACGAGACCCAGUUCCAGAUCAAAGACUGUUCCCUCAAUGCAGACGCUGUGAGCAGCAAACUCCAAGGCAGCAACAUCUUCACCAUUGCCAAGAGGAACGUGGAGGGCCAGGACAUGCUCUACCAGUCCCUGAAGCUCACCAACGGCAUCUGGGUGCUGGCAGAGCUCCGGAUCCAGCCCAGCAAUCCCAGCUUCAUGGAUUUGGAGUUAUCCCUGAAAUGCCGAGCACCAGAGGUGUCCCAGUACAUCUUCCAGGCCUACGAGACCAUCCUGAAGAACUGAGGUGCUGCUGCAGCCCCUCCUCCUCCUCCUCCUCUCCUCCCUUUCCCGCCCGAGGAAGCAGGGCCGGAUCCGUGUGCAUGUCCCCUUUCCUUCCUGCCCAGGACCCAGCCCCUGGGAUUCUCCUGU